AUGAAGCUUUAUUGCUUCGUUAUUUUUAUCAUUUCGGCGUUUAUAGCCUCUGGAAAGAUACUUUCAGCAUAUUCAAUACCGAUUCACGAUAAUAAUUGGACAAUUUUAAAUAAAUACAAAAGAGACGUUAAGAUAGAAAUUGAAGUGCACAGGGAACCAACUGAAUCUCAAACCAGGUCGGUGCCUCAUACGACAGAAACAGCCACAAAAACUUAUAAACAAGAUGGAGAAACUUCUGAUGCAGAAACAUUACAUGAUAUAGAUCAAACGGAAAAAAAAUUAAAAGAGGAAGCAAUAACGAUUCAUCGAGUUAUAGUUGUUCUUUGUUCUUUGGCUCAUUCAUAUGAAAGAGUAGAAAGAGUACCUACCGCACCGCCCGCUGAUAAAAUAUUUGUAAACGAUUUACCAAGAAUUGAAUCUGGUAAUUUAGAUGAAAGAAGAGAUGGAAGAAGAGGAGGAGAAGAACCUUCAACUUAUUCCUCUCCUCGAUUACAAGCUCCACCUGCUUAUACUCCAACUGCACCUCCCGGAUAUUCAAUGAAUGGAACUUAUUUUUUAUGCUAUGAUGGAAAAAUGAAUUAA